UCUACCACUCUGUCCUUUUCCAGCCCAGGCCGUGUGGCAAGCAGACCUGCAGCCACUUUCUCUCCUUUUUUCUUCCAAGUCCCAUUUCAAGACAGGCGAGCAUGGAUCCCAAUGCAUUAAAGGAGGAACUCCGGCUCUUCCAGAGCACCUUGCUGCAGGACGGAUUGAAGGAACUUCUUAAUGAAAACAAGUUUGUGGACUGCACUUUGAAAAUCGGUGAUCGCAGUUUUCCCUGUCACCGCCUGAUCAUGGCCGCCUGCAGCCCUUACUUCCGAGAGCUGUUCUUUUCCGAAGAUGGUAAGGAGAAGGAAAUCGGCAAGGAGGUGGUCGUUGACGAUGUCGAUCCCAACAUUAUGGAUAUGAUCAUUCAGUAUCUGUACUCUGCUGAGAUCGACUUGACGGACGACAACGUUCAGGAGAUAUUCGCCGUGGCGAAUCGUUUCCAGAUCCCCUCUGUGUUUACAGUAUGUGUGAACUAUCUCCAAAAGAAGCUGUCGUUGGCCAACUGUCUUGCCGUCUUCAGGCUCGGCCUGGUCCUCGGCGUUCCCAGGCUUGCCAUAGCGGCGCGUGAUUACAUCGCGGACCACUUUGAAACUGUGGCUGCUGAGGAGGAGUUCCUUCAACUGGCGACCCAUGAGCUCUUGGCCCUGAUCGGUGGAGACACGCUCAACGUGGAAAAGGAGGAACUCGUGUUCGAGACAGUGAUGAAGUGGGUGCGCAGCGACAAAGCGAAGCGAGCCAAGAGUCUGGGCGAGGUAUUCGAGUGCAUCCGCUUCCGUCUGCUGCCGGAGAAGUACUUUCGGGAGAAGGUCGAAACCGACGACAUCAUCAAGGCUGAUCCGGAACUCGCGAAGAAGUUGCAGGUCAUCAAAGAUGCCUACAAAGGAAAACUCCCAGAGGUGAAGAAGAAGGAGAAAAAGGAAGGAGAGGAAGAAGAGGAGGAGAUGUUGCCAGGUUUCCUCAACGAUAAUCGUCGAUUGGGGAUGUACGGACGAGACCUGAUCCUCAUGAUCAAUGACACGGCUGCCGUGGGGUACGAUGUGGCUGAGAACGAGUGUUUUCUGGCUGCCAUGUCAGAACAGAUCCCAAAGAACCACGUGAGUCUCUGCAACAAGAAGAACCAACUUUUUAUCGUUGGAGGCCUGUUUGUCGAUGAAGAGAACAAGGAUGCUCCACUGCAGUGUUACUUCUACCAGCUGGACAGUAUUGCCGGCGAGUGGAGAGCAAUGCCGCCCAUGCCCAGUCCCCGAUGCUUGUUCAAUCUGGGCGAAUGUGAAAACCUGUUAUUUGCCAUCGCCGGCAAAGACCUGCAGACCAACGAGUCUCUGGACUCGGUCAUGUGUUACGACACUGAAAAGAUGAAAUGGAGUGAGACCAAGAAACUUCCUCUGCGUAUUCACGGCCACGCUGUGGUCUCGCAUAACAAACUGGUGUACUGCAUUGGAGGAAAGACAGAUGAUAACAAAGCUAUCAAUAAAAUGUUUGUGUACAACCACAAGCAGUCAGAAUGGAGGGAACUAGCGGCUAUGAAAACGGCCAGAGCGAUGUUUGGAGCUGCAGUUCACAAUGGAAAGAUUAUCGUAACUGGAGGAAUGAAUGAAGAAGGGCUUACGGCUACAUCUGAGGUCUACGAUUUUGGAACAAACAAGUGGGAUACAUUUGCAGAUUUUCCCCAGGAGCGCAGCUCUGUCAAUCUGGUAAGCACUGGAGGAAACCUGUAUGCAGUUGGAGGCUUCGCUAUUGUGGAACUGGAGGACAAAACCAUCGGACCCUCUGAGAUCACAGACAUCUGGCAGUAUGAAGAGGACAAGAAGACGUGGAGCGGUAUGCUGAGAGAGAUGCGCUAUGCCUCCGGUUCCUCCUGCGUUGGCAUGCGCUUAAACGCUGCCAGGAUGCCCAAACUCUAAAGAACACCACUCUUUCCCCAAAUGUGACCGCAUUUGGCUGUUUGACCUUUGACCUCCACACACACCUGUCUGUGUCAUUUUACGCUAGUCUAAAAUGAGGAGCUAUUACAAGAGCAAAAGGGAACUAAAACUGUGUCAUUAAAGUGUAAAAAUAGAAGAUGGAUUCCUGUAGUGACUUUUAUUUGACAUUUAAAAUGUAAUACCGCUGUUAUGAAAUGUGAAAAUGUGUGUAUGCGAGCGUGAAUCAUUUAUCCUUUAACCCCAAGCAGAUUUCUAAAGCAUGUAAGUAAGGACAGGUGCAUUUCUGCAUUGUUAGUAUAAUGCUAAGAUUGAUCUCUAGUACAGAAAACAAUGUUAUGUAUGUGCAAUUUUUUUUGUAAAAUAAAUGUUUUUAAACCAUA